UGCUGACCGCGGUUCACGGUGCCUGCCCAGGAGAUGUCUCGACCAGCGCCCACUCCUGCUUCACCUCCUACAGCUUCCACUUCGAGAACAUGCGGAGUAGUCCUGAGAAACUGUGCUGUGGCGUGGACGUAGAGACGCUGAGAGCCUUCUGCCACUCGUACGUGAAGGCCAUCAGCUGUCUCAGCACGCUCCGCCGCGCAUGCCCCCCGGACACUCACCACCUGAUCGACAGCGUGCUCGUGAACCUGGACGGCGCCCAGGAGGGCCUGCACGACCUGUGCGCGGACGACAGCAUUAUUGAAUCUUAUGCAAUGUACCAGACCUGUUUCCGGUCCACUGGCUACAGCUCCGAGCGGUGUUUCCAGGUACACAUGAACGAGAGUAACCAGCACAUCAAGUUCCUCUCCAACGUCAACACCAAGAGGAAAGACAAGUUUUGUUCACGACAAGCCGGCCUUCCCAUGGUAACCCGGCAUACAUCAGUGACGAGCACGGCGGGAGACAGACGGAAGUACAAGAUGGCGGAAAUACCGGAAGUGACGCCAGGGCGCCAUUUGCUUACGUCAUCCUCGCCGCGUCUCUUGUUGCCAUGGUUUUGGGGAGCCUUCAACCAGCGAGUUAGUACGGGAUGGAACCGGCGCUUUCUUUUUUGCUUGUUUUAGUAUUCUUUUUAAUCAUUACAGCAGUAGCACGACUUAAUUCACGUAUCUGGAAAAUGUAUUUUACACAGCAGGAAAAAUAAUGAUGAUGGCAAUCUAAUUAUGAUUGUAAGAUGAUUGUUCUAUUUUUGACUUAUGAUUAUCAUCUUCUUGCGUGUCAUAUUGAUGGUGUACAAUAAUAUUAUCUCCGUGUUCUCAAAGAUUGAUUAAAGACUAUUAUGCAAAUACAUGGGCAAGGAGCCAUAUUGUACACUGGAAUUUGUCUUUUUAUUAAUGAAAUUUCUAGUUUCGUUGCUGAAAUUUUAUAACUCUAUCGCUAAAGUUUUUAAUUCUAGUUAUUGAUCUAUGCGUAAGAAAAUUUUAACUAGAAAUUGACUUUCUCGUUGUUGAGCAAUGUGCUGUACCUUUGUUACGCUUCUAAAAAAAUAUUGAUCGUUUUUCCAUAUGACAUGAACUGUACCUUCGUCAUUGGUGAAGGACUGAAUUACUGUACAUUGAUUUCCUUUUGACCUGUGAGGUUUUUUUGUUUUUUGUUGAAGUUUGUACAUUAUCCGUCACUUAUUUUUCUUUUAGAAUCGAUACAAUAUUGCGAACGUUUUUUUUUUUCUCGUCAGUUGUUUUUUUUUUGAAAAAAUAAUUAUCAAGGUAAAAAGAAGGAUGGGUAGGAGAUCAUGUCGUGUUUUUUAAAUAUUUUUUAAAUAUUAUUAUUCCUGCUUGGGGCCUUGAUGUUUCACGACAUUAGAUCUGUUCAGCAUGUUGUUUUGUAUAGAUCUAGGUAUUUAGAAGCAUGGGGUUAUGAAGUGCCAUAGCACAUGUGUUAAAUUUUAACUAAUGGAGCCCAAUAAUUGGAGGAGAUGAUGUAAUUUUCCUGCGAACAAGUUAAAAAUAAAACCAACUUUCUCGCAUGACAGGGACGAGUUAAAUAGAAAA